AUGGCGCGACCUCUACGACACGGCUUCAACGUCGCCCGAGCGCACGUGCUUUCGCGGCCGCGAUGGGCGUCGUCGCAGUCAGCGGAGGCACUGGUGGAGGUCAAAGUCUCCGACAUAGGCAUGAUAUCGGGAAUCCCCGAACAGCAUCUCCGACGAAGGAGGAGGGAAUAUGCAAGAUAUGAGAGUGAAGAAGCUGCAAGGGCAUUUGCUGAGAAAUAUGGCUGGGAUUAUACGGUCAGGAAGCGUCACACACCACUUUUGAAGGCUAAGGCAUAUGCAGACAACUUCAAGUGGAAGGGCCCUGAUAAGAGUGAGAAGACUGCAGCUGAUGCUGUAAACAUCUGA